AAAAUCCCCAUUUCAUCCUGGAGGCCGAUAGAGACAGACAGCAGACGUAUAGCGACAAUGAAAUUAGAAAAAAACAGGAAAAUAUAUAAGGAGAUAAAGAGUUUUUAAAGUUUUCCAAAAAAAGGUGUUAGAAAAAGGCAGGGCAGUGAAAGCGAAUUAUGUUAGAGGAGGGGAGAGUAAGAAAGAAAUGUGUUGGCUCACACUUCACCCUUCUGUUUUCUGAGACACGUUUCAAGAAAGAGCAUGUAGAGGGACCUGGGUGCCCUUUCAUGAGACCGCAAAGUGGAAAAAGUGUAACCUCACAGACGCCCACAAAGAGAAUACCUUGUACUAACUGGAAGACCUACAAACUAUCAGCUUUGGAAACUAAAGUCCUCGGUUUGUGAAGCUGCUGAGAAGUUGCUGGGAAUACAGUUCAAGGUAUGGACUCCUUUUCACCCUAAUGGACAGCAUGGGUGCAAGAAUUAAACUUUUGACCAACCAAAGGCAGCUUUUCUGACACCAACCAGCUGCAGACAGAGUAAGGCAGCUACUCUUCUUGUCUUUACGAUGAACAUCAGCAACAACUGUUCUACUUAUAGCACUCUGAAGGACUACCAGCACCAAAUGUACGCAGUGGUAUACAGCGUGAUCUUAGCACCAGGCCUGCUCGGCAAUGUUCUGGCACUGUGGGUGUUCAGGAUCUACAGACGGGAAACCAAGAGGGGUGUGGUGUUCAUGAUGAACCUUGCCGUGGCCGAUCUGCUUCAGGUGCUGUCCCUGCCUCUGCGGAUCUAUUACUAUUUGAACGAAACCUGGCCCUUCGGUCACCACAUCUGCAUGAUCUGCUUCUAUCUCAAGUACGUCAACAUGUAUGCCUCCAUCUACUUCCUGGUGUUGAUCAGUGUGCGUCGCUGCCAGCUCAUCGUGUGUCCACUGAAGUACAACUCGUCAAAGCAAAAAGGAGACCUGUUAAAAUGUGUUGCUGGCUGGCUGAUGGUCUGCCUAGCCUGUCUGCCUUUCCCUUGGCUGAGGGAACCCAAUUCGAACAACUUAGAGACUGUGUGUUUUGCAGAGCUGCCUAUGAAAAGCAUCAGUCCUCCAGUAGUCUGGGUACUGCUAUUAUUAGCAGAACUGCUGGGCUUCAUCAUCCCCCUCAUUGUGGUGGUGGCCUGUUCAAUUUUGACUGCUGGGAGCCUCCGAACGGUGACAGCAGAUUGUGUUCCGGACAGUGGGGAGAAGCGGAGGUCAUUGAAGAUGGUUUUAUGCUGUGCUGUAGUCUUCUUGCUGUGCUUUGCACCUUACCACAUUACUAUGCCGCUGGACUUCCUGGUGAAAGCUAACACUCUGAGCGACUGCUCCACUAGAAAUCUUAUUCAGAGGUGUCACAUCAUAACGCUUUGCCUCGCAAGCCUGAACUGCAGCCUUGACCCACUCAUGUACUACUUCACAAGUGACGAAUUCAGGAGGCGGCUAAGCAAGCCGGAGAUGCCGGAGACUUUAACUUUUAACAGGCGGCUGUCCUGCUUAACCGGAGGAGAGGACAUGGAGGAUGACUAGUCCGCUGCUGUCACUGAGGAGGCGACAUCUUUACAAUCACUACUCCGAUAGAUGAAAUCUGUGCAUACGUUUGGCUAAAAUAUAAAUUAUCUAUGAGUAUGAUAACAUGUAGAACAGAAAUGUGAAACGGUUUCCCUAUUUAUAUGUAAUUAAAACAUGUUUUAUUUUUUA